AUGCAUUCCCCUCGAAGCAGUGAGCUUGAGGCUCUGAAGCGUCGGGUUAUGAAAUUAGAGAGUGAACUCGACAGUCUUCAAAUAGGAAAGCCUACUCGAGAGAGACUCGAAGUGAUGAGCGAUGUCGUCGUUGAUUCUAACCCAUAUAGCCGUCUGAUGGCUUUGAAGAAGAUGGGAAUUGUCAAAAAUUACGAGGAAAUUCGUCGACGCACUGUUGUCGUCGUUGGAAUUGGGGGCAUAGGAAGCACUGCUUGCGAAAUGAUGGCUAGGUGUGGCAUUGGGAAACUCAUCAUGCUCGACUAUGAUAAAAUCGAGUUGGCGAACAUGAAUAGACUUUUUUUUUGCCCUGAGCAUGUGGGACAGCUCAAAACAGCAGCAGCAGCUCGCAUUUUGGCAAAGAUCAAUCCGGAUGUUAUAUACGAACCUCAUGACAUGGAUGUGACCGAGCUUGCCUAUUUCCGUCGCUUUUGUCAGAUAUUGUCUACUGGAGGUCUAUGCGGUCAGAAGGUGGAUCUUGUUCUCGGAUGUGUCGAUAAUUACCAAGCCAGGAGUAGUAUCAACCAAGCUUGCUUGGAGACGGACGUCCCGUGGUAUGAAUCUGGUGUUUCAGAAGACGCAAUGGGCGGACACAUUCAACUAAUAAUUCCAGGCUUGACGGCUUGCUUCGAAUGUGUCCCGCCGUUGAUAGUUGCUUCUGGAAUAGACGAGUCUACACUCAAGAGAGAAGGAGUGUGCGCUGCAUCUUUACCGACGACGAUGGGCGUUAUCAGUUCGUUGUUAGUUCAGAACAGUUUAAAAUAUCUUUUGCGAUUUGGAAAGGUUGGUUUUUACCUGGGGUAUCAGGCUCUGUUGGACUUUUUUCCUUCUCAUAUGAUUCAUCCGAACAGCGAGUGCAGAAAUUCAUGGUGCACAAAAAGGCAGCUUAUGUGCAGAGAGCAGACCGAAAGGAAUCCGAGACUUGCCGAACAGUUUGAUUUUUGUGCAAAAAACAAAUUGACAGGUUCUGACACUGUGCACCAUCAAGAAAACAGCUAUGGAAUUACCGUAGAGGGAUCCUCUUGCGAUGUCGAGGAAGCUGAACGCCUCCCAGCAGGGCUGAAUUUUCUUCACCCCAGGUUCAGCGCUCAGGAUCGACAAGAGGACGCGUUUCAACAGAAGGGGACGAGUGAGGACGCUUGUCCAGACUGGUACAGAAUUGAAUCACUCCGGCGACAGCUUAAGGAAUUAUAGCAUAGCCGUUAAUACAGGGUGUCUACGAGAAAGAA